AUGUGUAUCGUAGAACGCAAGCGGCUUUGGUACAUCAGGACGCUGUACCUGGGCAUCCAGUCGCGGCGGCAGAAGGAGCACCAGCGGCGCUGGUACUGGGCCAUGAUGUUCGAGUACGCCGAUGUCAACAUGCUGCGGCUGCUGGAGACCUUCCUGGAGUCGGCCCCCCAGCUGGUCCUGCAGCUGUGCAUCAUGAUCCAGGAGAACCGCGCCGAAACGCUGCAGUGCGUCUCCUCCCUGGCCUCCCUCCUGUCCCUGGCCUGGGUGCUGGCCUCCUACCACAAGCUGCUGCGCGACUCCCGCGACGACCAGCGCAGCAUGAGCUACCGGGGGGCGCUGCUGCACCUCCUCUGGCGCCUCUUCACCAUCUCGUCGCGCGUCCUCUCGCUGGCGCUCUUCGCCUCGCUCUUCCACCUCUACUUCGGCAUCUUCGUGGUGUUCCACUGGUGCGCCAUGGCCUUCUGGGUGGUGCACGGCGGCACCGACUUCUGCAUGUCCAAGUGGGAGGAGGUGCUGUUCAACAUGGUGGUGGGCAUCGUCUACAUCUUCUGCUGGUUCAACGUCAAGGAGGGACGCACGCGCUACAGGAUGGUGGCGUACUACUUGGUGGUGCUUGCCGAGAACACCAUUCUCACCGGGCUGUGGUAUGCCUACAGGGACCCUGUGCUGACAGAGCCCUACGCGGUGCCAGCCCUGUGCGGAGUCUACCUGACCUUUGCUGGGGGCGUGGUCAUCAUGCUGCUCUACUACGGCUUCCUCCACCCGGCCACCGUCCACCUGCGCCCCAGCCCCGCCUCGUCCUGCUGCGCCCAGCUCCUCUGGGGGCUCCCGCUGCCCCCGUCGGCCCCGCCCAGCGCUCCGCCCACCCCGGCCCACUUGGCCAAAUCGCAGACGGCGGAGAGCGUGGCGGAGACCUGCCUCCCGGUCUUCCAGGUGCGGUCGCUGCCCCCGACCACCAAGCCGGAGGGCCCGCUCAUCAAGAUCGAUAUGCCCCGGAAACGCUACCCGGCAUGGGACGCCCACUACGUGGACCGGCGCCUGCGGAGGACCAUUAACAUUCUGCAGUACAUCACACCUGCCGCCGUGGGCAUCCGAUACCGCGACGGACCCCUACUCUAUGAACUCCUUCAGUACGAGUCCUCGCUCUGA